AUGGCGUUUACCAACAACUUCGCGACGUCGUUCCGCUGGUGCGACCGCCUGUUUGGCACGGACAUCAAGUACCUCGAGCACCGCCCGCGCAUGAAUGAGUUGAAGAUGUCCGGCCUCAGCAGGGAGCAGUUCGCCGCGACGGAGAAGAAGAUGCUUGAGCAGGUCGAGGCGGAGGGCGUCGUAGAGGCUGCCAAGGUCGAGGCGUAUCGGUAUGGCAGCAAGAAGGUGGCGUGA